CCAAAAACAUUAGCUCGAGGGCUAAAGUAUUAGCAAUUGCAUUAGUACUGUGUUGAGGAGUUCUUGUGGCCAGAUGAGAGGCCCAGCUAUGUGGGGUCAUACGGUGCAGGCAAUGCCGCAGCUAGUCCUCACCUUAGCAAUUUGCUUGAUUGCCUCUGUUGCAAAGGCCCGAGUCGAGCCUUACUUCCAUUUUUCUCCUCCACCACCGUACUACUACAAGUCACCACCUCCGCCGUCUUCACCACCGUACCAUUACAAAUCCCCACCUCCACCAUCGCCAUCUCCACCCCCACCAUACCACUAUAAAUCACCACCCCCACCAUCACCCUCCCCUCCACCUCCCUACCGUUACUACUCUCCACCUCCUCCAUCACCAUCACCACCACCACCAUACCAUUAUAAAUCACCUCCUCCACCGUCGCCUUCACCACCUCCUCCUUACCACUAUAAAUCACCUCCACCACCAUCACCUUCGCCCCCUCCUCCCUACCAUUACAAGUCACCUCCACCACCAUCACCAUCACCUCCUUACCACUAUAAUUCUCCUCCACCACCAUCGCCGUCUCCUCCUCCUCCAUACCAUUAUAAAUCCCCACCGCCUCCAUCACCAUCACCUCCUCCUCCUUACCACUAUAAAUCUCCUCCACCACCAUCUCCAUCACCACCUCCGCCAUAUGCCUACAAAUCGCCGCCACCUCCCUCAUCAUCACCUCCUCCGCCUCAUCAUCAUCAUUACAAGUCGCCACCUCCUCCCUCCCCAUACGAGUCCCCACCACCACCCAAGCACUCAGCUCCUCCCCCGUACUACUAUUUAUCUCCUCCACCCCCGGCCCAUUAUUAAAGCUGCAUGUCAGAGCCCGGAGACUGAUAAUGGUAAGGUAAUAAUAAAGGUAAGGGAUUUUAACAUAUAGAUGGUUUUCUUGAAUCAAGAAUGCAGAAAAAAGAAAAGGCUACACAAGUAAGACGUGUUCCAUGUCACGUAUAUGAAGCGGGAUCCUGUGAAACUGGUAGAAUGAGUAUUGAAUGACUUCCAAAAGGUUUCAUGUAUCUCUUCUUUAUAUAUUAUAUAUGAAUAAAAUGGACAGCUGGAGAUUCUUGGUUCAA